AUGAAUUAUAUAAUCAUAGUGUUCUUUUUUACUUUAAUCAAUUCUUACAAUAAUUCUUACAAUUAUGUAUAUGCAUCAACAUGUCCACCUAGACCAUCAUUGAUACCUCCUAGUAAUAAAAAUAUGUUAAUCGAUGACUUAAAUGGUCCUGUUACCCAAAAAGAAAUUGAUUCAUUCAUUAGCUUUCUAGGGCAACCUUCUAAAUUACCAAAAACUGCGCUAAAUAAUACGUUAGCAGAUGGGAUUGCUGGUCAAGAAGUAGAAGCUUUAGGUUUAAUGUAUGAAAUUACUCAAAAUUUUCAAAUACUUGAUAUAAUGAUAACUUAUGCAGAUACUUUUUUAUCACUUCGAAAUGACCCUGUAAGUGGACGAAUUCUAUGGACAGGAGAAAGAGCGCUUGUUUGGUGUACAAAACCUGAAAAUAAAACCAGUGCUGGAUACGCUGGUUCUGAAGGUCUUGAUACAGUUGGACAUAUAGCAUACACUGCUUACCACAUCCUUAAAACGCCUUGCCUUUGGUACGAAAAUGUUACAGAUAAUGAUCCUUAUAAAUAUGGUGUAACAUAUAUAGAGCGUGCAUCUAAAUAUAUAACUGAAAUGGAUAAGACUAUUGAUACCUAUUAUUUAAAGUAUUUCAUUCAUGAAAGUGAUUUAAGAAUUUAUAAUCCAAAUUCUACAACAUGGGCAACUCUUCACGAUUCAUUACCAAAUUCAGCAAUGCCCUGGAAUCGACAACAAAUGAUGACAAAUGGAUUUUUAAGAAUGGCAGAAUGUCAUGAAAUUAUUGGUGAUGAUGAAACAAGAGUUUAUAAAUAUUUCAAUAUAGUUCAAGUUUCUAUUGAUUGGAUGGUCAGUGAAUUUCGUCCAGUUAAAUCUAAGAAUGGUAAAGAUGCAUAUUCUUGGACUUAUUCUGAUAUUUCUAAAUCUAUAGAACGUGUCAAUAUUCACGCACUUUAUGAUAUUUGGGGAAUGUAUCGAGCAUGGCAGCGGAAUGAUAAAUUAAAUGUUAGUAGAGAUGUUAUGGUUAAGCUUGCUAAUACAAUGAUGUAUAUAAUAAAUAUUGGUGAUUAUAAAAUUUCAAAAAAGGUAGAUGGUAAAUCAUCUAAUGAUAAAAUUGCUGCAAGUACUCUAUUUGGUCCUUGGGUAUUUUACGCCGAAUUUAUCCCGGACUG